AUGAACUUCUUCAAAUCACCCCGGAACAGGAAUCAGAGCAAACGAUUCCCCACUCGCGAGCCUGAACCCGAACGAAGAGCACCAGAGAAAAGGGCGCCGCGAGAAGUACUCACCAAGCCGAAUCCCAGACAGGAGCUUCGGGUCGCGAUUCCAACCGGUUCUCAGAGUACCGACAACACGAUUUCGGCGGCUGAUCUUAAGGAUCUUCGAACGAGGAACCAGUCGCUAACUGAAGAAUCUUCGAUGAGUUCGCGGAAGACAGGGAGGAAUACAUCAAGGUUGGGAGUUGAAGAUAGUAUCAAGGAAGAAUCGGUGGAGGAGAAACCGAAAGAGCAACCACAGCCAUUGACUUCGGAUUCGGACUUUGAUUUAAGACCACCGCCUCGGAAAGAGACCGCCACUACUCUAGAGGUUUUAUCAGACCUGUUAUACUCGCAAGGUUACUUGGAGACUAUUACUAGUGACCCUGCGCUUCUCGGUCGGUUUUCUGUAUUUCUAAAUAAAUAUCGGCCUGAUAUUGCACCAUUAAUUCAGCAUUAUCUCGAGACUCAGAAGGUCAUCAAAGCGACGGCUUACGCAAAUGCGGUCGCCUCUGCCUUAGGAACAAGUGAUGGGAAAUCUGCAAAGAUGCCACCAGCUGUUGAGCUGACGGCAUCCUUUCUUGUUUCGUCACGGCGGGCCUUCAAUACUUUGCUGCAAGAGGCGCUUCCAGCUUGGGUCACCUACUCCUUGGUCAAAACAGCAACAUCUUGUCUGAAGGCCGAAAUCAUGAACCAGUCAACACCGUUGACCCGCGAUCUCUUGGGAGGUCUCAGUGAAAUUUUCUGUAUCAGCGAUCCCAAUCAAACCGAUAACCCACUUAUAUAUGCAUCUGACGAGUUCUAUCGAUUGACCGGAUACGGUAGAGAUUUUGCGCUUGGCCAGAACUGUCGGUUCCUUCAAGGUCCAAAGACAAGACGCGAGUGUCCUCGGCGAUUAAGGACAGCCAUCGACAAUGGAGAGGAGAUCUGUGAAACUAUUCUUAACUAUCGGAGGGAUGGUACACCAUUUGUCAAUGUCGUAUUGCUUGCCCCACUGUAUGAUUCAAAAGGGCGACUAAAGUAUUUCCUUGGAGCACAGGUGGAUGCAUCUCGCUUGGUUGAGGAUGGUAGAGGUGUGGAUGGAUUCGACAAGUUUCUGCGGAGGAGGGAAUUCGAAUCAAAACAAGUCAACAUAGGAGAUAAGGAACCAAAGGAGAAGAUCUUAGCCAAGUUGAAAGAUCUUGGCAAAACUUUCGACUUGGAAGAGAGCGCGGUAGUCGAAGACAGUAGUCGGUCGAGCACUUUUGCGGCCGAAGCCCAAGUAGACAUGGGUAUUGGGCGUUCUUCGUAUGGUGUUGGAAGGAACGUGAUCUACGACGACGACGACUUGUCAUCUACUGAUACAGAGGAUAGUGGAGGGAAGGGUGAUGUUGAUGAAAAUGCUUGGGCGCUUUCGAGUUCCAUAACCUCUGGGCGCUUGCCUGGUAUUUAUCAAAAGUACAUUUUGAUGAGGCCAUAUCCAUCACUGAAAAUGGUUUUCGUUUCACAUCGGGCGAAGCGACUGGGCCAAUUGACGCAGCAACCAUUUCUCGCGCACAUUGCUGCGCCGGCAACGACAAUCUCUGGACUGAGAAGCUCACUAGAGUCGGGAAGACCGGUGUCAGCAAAAGUUUCAAUCAUGAGUCGGCGAGGUGCGAGCAAAGACGGCACUGUGACUGGCAGAUGGUCAAAGAGGGUACAUCGUCAGGAAGGAGAGAUUAAUCCAGCGACCAUCGGCAGAACUUCUUGGAUCUCAGCUACACCUCUGCUAGACAGUGAGCGUAAGAUUGGAGUGUGGAUGGUAGUCAUUGUUGACAAACCCGGUACAGACACUAGUAGAGAACUGUCACUCGACGAUUCACAAGCAGGUAUGAGGCGAGCAUCCGAAGUUGGGAGUUCGAGCUUUGGUCCACGUCCUACCAAAAAUCCAUCCUUUUCAAAUCAAGAAGACGUGCCAAUAAAGCCUAUGCGGGUAGGCAAUGUUUCGAGUCCAACCGGAUCGAUGCCAGACAAACCGCCACGCCUGGAAGACGAUUUUGGAAUCAUGAAAGACGACGUGUCGGACAUGCGAGAGGGAGCUGAUCGCUCUUCGAAGGAGGAAGAAGACAGUUUUGAAGUAGCCGAAGCAGUAAUGCAGAGGAUCGAAAGAGCACAAACUGUUUCCACCAUCCAGAGCAGCAAGUAUGAUGAAACUGACCGGUCCCCAGCUAUGUCGAGAAAUAGCUUUCAGAUUUGUGAUCCCUCUGACUUUGGGGUUGAAAAUAAUAAAUCGGGAUCGAGAACACCAAUCCGUACCACUUUCGGCAAAGAAGUGGAGGCCGGUAUUAAAUCGUCUGCCACGUCUCCUUCUAUUCAAAAUAUGGAGAAGAAAAGAGACGUUGGGCUACGUGCGAUGGACUACAUAUCUAGUAGAUCUCCAAUAAACAAGAAAAAUAAGACUGGAGGCGGUGGCGCACAGGGGAAAGGAGAUGUUACCCCUAAUAGCGUUGAUUGA